AUGAAACGGUUAAGAUCGUGCAAGUCAAUCUUCCUCUCCUCGCCUCUCAUCCUCACCGAAUCCUCUCCUUUCGCAGAAUCAGCUCACGUUAGAGCGAUGAUCGUGAGUUUCAUCGUCUCGAUUCUCUUCACCUUCGUGGUGAUGAAUCUGAAUCUAACGACCGGGAUCAUCCCUUCGCUUAACAUCUCCGCGGGGUUGCUGAGUUUCUUCUUCAUGAAGACGUGCACGGAGAUUCUUAACAAGGCGGUGAUUCUUAAACAGCUGUUCACGAGGCAUGAGACAGAAGACAUGCAUCGCGAGUUACUUUCGUGA